AUGGAUAAUUUUAGAAACAUAUUGAACAAGGCAAAGAAGUUUGCAAAACUGGAACUUAAAACUUACAUUGAGGAGUUUGAGGAGAAGCUGACUAAGUUCCACACGGAAAAGAAAGAACAGGAAGUUACUGCUCGAAAUGCUCAAAUCCAUCAACAGAAGAUUGACAGCAGGGAAAACUUUAACAUGGAUAAAAAUUCCGAAGAUUACUCAAAAGCUAAUAAUUCAGAUGAAGCAGAUGGUGAAGUAAUUGAUACAUGUAAUGAAGAGACAAAUACUUUGUCUAUAAAUGGUAAAUCAAAAACUAAACCUGUGCCAGAAGCAUCUUCUAGUGCCUUGAGUGAAUUGACUGAGCCAAAUCAAAUGGAUAUUGAAGUUCAAUCACCCAUGGUUAAGACAAGAGGAGGUCAGUGGUCCAGAAUUAAAAAAAACAACGUGAAAGAGGAAAGAGGUGAUAUCUCUAUCACCAAGAAAAGAGUUACUCGGUCUAGGAGGUAA